AAACAAUGUCCAAACAUGGAACAUUUGCUUGUAGCUAAAAACAUGCACCUUUGCAAUGUAAAUACUGCUGUUGUUUUGAAUGUUCUAGAUUUCCUUGUCAAGUAUGGCUGCAAUGACUGGUCCAGCUGGUCAGAAUGCACAGUGACCUGUGGCGGAGGAACACGAACAAAAACUAGACGAUGCGUAUUUGCGAAUGGAACUUAUGAUGACCCCCAAGCCCAGGAGUGUAGUGCACAACAGUGCCCAGGCUGGAGCGCAUUUAGUGCAGUUACGCCAUGCAUUGUAUGUGGUGCUCAGCAAGGAAAGCAACUACAUGCCAGAAAAUGUCUGUUGACGGGAGUUGACGCAGACAAUGAAUGUGCAGAGUCCAGCUUUGAUUGGAGAGAUUGCAAUGAACAAACAACACUGGGAUGUACAUUAAUGCAAGGGGUGACAUUGGCAGAAGUACCAGAAAAAACUUGUACAGAUAUAGACGGCGAUGUCACGUAUUCUCUGACACACCGGAGAUGCAUGGAUGAGCUGAACAAAUCAGUAUCGUUAAAUGCCUGUCGUCGAGAAAUUGUCCAGUUGUGCUCACCCAUACAUGCUCAAGCGAUAGGAGAAUGUGCUAAGCCAAGUGACCUAGCUGAUGGUGCGUACCACUAUGUAGCUAGUGACCGAGUUGAAUAUGUAUGCAACCAUGGUUACAAGGUGGCGACCAAUGAGACCGAUAACUUGCACGUCAAGAAAUGUAUAAAUGGAGAGUGGAUUCCUGACACAGUGAUGUCGUGUGAACCUGUGACAUGUCCCGAUGUAAAGGAUAUACUGAAUGGAGAUUUAUCCGUGGAUGCAGCGUAUCCAGAAGGCCCACUUCCCUUGCACAGCACUGUUAUCUACAGCUGUAACGAUGGCUAUGAGUUUUCAGAUGGUACCAAGGUUCUUACUAGAGUUUGCCAAGCCAAUGGACAUUGGUCCGGUCAACAGCCAGCGUGCGAGGGAGUUUUAUGCUCUGAAUACACUGCUCCGGAACAUGGUUUUUUGCUUCAACCUCAGCCUAAAUACCAGCAUCCAUACACUAUCCACAUUGCUUGUGACCAUGGUUACGCACGUCAAGGUCUGUCCUAUAGUGAAUGCUUAAGCAGUGGCUUGUGGAGUGAUGCAAAUACACCAAUUCAAUGUUUGGCUACGACGUGUGCCAUGUUCCAAGUCGAUUUGCCACUCAAAGUCCAGGUCAACAGCCAAGUGUUUGGCUCCAAGGCUACAUUCACAUGUGAUACUGGAUACAAACUUGUUGGCAAAGCUGAGCAGACGUGUGAGCCAAUCUGCCAGUCUUUCAACUUUGUGAGAGAUCACUUCAUAUGCUCCACUGCUUCUUGGUCAGGAACACAGCCAGUUUGUGAUGUCUUGAAAUGCCCGGCACCAGUUGAUAUCGCACAUGGCACAGUGAGUACUCUUGAUGACUCUCCAGUAGCUGGUGAACAAGACUACCAGAAGGUGAUCAGGUAUACAUGUAACAGUGGCUAUCACUUAGCACCUGGCUUGCUUGCUGUACGAAAAUGUCAAGCAAACGGAGAAUGGAGUGGCCAGUUACCACGCUGUGACGGUGUGCCAUGUCCGAAUCCUCUUAUGUCGCCAAAUGUCUGGGUUAGUGGACAGCUUCAUGCAUAUCCCAAUACAAUCGAAAUGGGAUGCAAGAGAGGAUACUAUGCUAUAGGCGUUACAUCAUUCAAAUGCGCCGCCAAUCAGGUCUGGAGUCCUGCAUUGAGUUCCAUGCGCUGUGAGCCGGUCCGUUGCACUCCCUUUGAGGAGUCUGGUCAGGUGGUAGUGCAGUAUACAGGUGAAGGUACUGCAUUUGGUGCACAGGUCACGUUCUCCUGUAAACCAGGAUAUGAAGUUGCUAAUAAUGUGCCGAGAACGGCAACGUGUACUGCAGCUUGUGGAGACCAGGGAAACCAGGGCGCUGGGGAUGAUCCACAACCGCGCUGCACUCAGUUCUCAGGCGUCUGGACGGCAAGUCCACCGGAAUGUAAAGGUCAGUUUUUAAAUCCAGAUAGACUGCAUACUCUCGGCACGUGAUAUCCCCAGAAUGGGUCCUCGACUGGCCGCCCCUAGGAAAGAAGGCUGAGCUUGUUAAUGGAAGCUGUUACUUGAAAAUGGAGUGAAGAAACCAUACCGGCCUUAUGAUUCCCCCACUCCCCAAUGAAAUAAAAAAUCUGCACAUGCGGUCUGAUGCAUUGUCACAUGCAAGGUAGGUGUGGGGCAGAGAGGUUUGCAUACACCCUUCACAAUGAGGAAUACACGCUCAUGAAUACCUGAGAGCAAUGAUCAGCUUUGGCU